UUCCGGGUUGGUCAGAGUUACAUUAUACUGCCGCUUCUUUCGCGACCAGUCAAAAAGGACUGCGUCGAAAACUGGGGGGGAUGGUGAUACUGUUGGGACCGUCAGCCGUAGGCAAGAAUGACCGAGUGUUAAAUGCAAGGUUCUGUAUUGGAUUACACACCAUAAAAAAAUGGAGCUACUGCCUUUCGUGGAUAUUUUGAAAGUGUUCAAUAAUCCUAUUAAUGAGGAGCAAGCCUGGGCAGUGUGUUAUCAGUGUGCUAAUUUUCUGGCGAAGGACUCGCCACAACAACAAGAAUUCUUUCAGGAUAUUUACGAUUCAGGAAUACAAAGCAUCUGGUUGAGCAGACACGGUGAUGUUUUUAUAAGAAAAGGACCACCAGAACCGAAUGGAUCUGGAAAGGGACCUCCAUCGAUUCACCAUGGGAUUCAAACGACAUCCUCUAGUCACCGGUUGCACAGCCCCACGUCAUCUCAUGGAUACCGUAAGAGUAGAGGUCACGUGAUUGCCACGGAAACCGACGCUGUUCAGGCGCUGGGCACGUCCAUCUUCGAAGCCCUCGACUAUGGCAUCGACCCCACGGAGGAGCGUCAACUCAGCCACGAACUGGAAUCACUCAUCACGACCAUGACAAGCGCAGACAACUCUAUGGACGACGACCACGAGCUGCAGAAUGCAGACGACGAGGGGAUAGAGAAAGACGCUGACCUUGAACACAAAUGCUUGCUGCAGGAUGUCCUCAAGAUAUGUCACCGUCACUUGUCCAGCAAACAGGACGCCCAGCACCACUACAAGGCAGUCUGCCGGGCACUAGCCACAGAGGCUGGAGAACUGUUUACGUUUUUAGAAAGAAUAUCCACACACAAAGAGAAACUUUCAGAAACUCUGGAUGAAGAUAGCAAGAGGUUAGAUGAAUUACAGAGAGCCGACUGGGCCUGUCUCUGGGUGCAGGUGACUAGGUCACUACGUCAGGGUGUCAGGUUAAAAAAAGUAGAGCAUGUCAGCCUGCCCCCCUUGGAGUACGAGUUGACGCCCUUUGAGAUGCUGCUGGAGGACAUACGCUCUAGGAGAUACACCUUGAACAAAAUCUCACAGGCAGACAAUGGUCAGCUCCCACACAAAGUCAAGAAUGAUGCACAUGCCUAUAUACUAGAGUUUAUCAGGUCCAGACCUCCACUUAAAAAGGUGGAUGAACGCAAGCUAAAACCCAAGCCUCCUUCACCUCCAGACCCGCAUGAGCUUCUCCUGAAGGAAAUCAGAUCUAGGCCCAAGCUUCGCUCCAUCAGACAAGGCAAAUUAUUAGUGGAGAAACCUAAGGUUGGACUCAGUGAUGAGCUAGAAGCUCCUCCUCCAACUAAACGUGUGAUCAAAGCAGAUCUCAGCUUGUUGAUGAACAAUUGCUCUGAGGACUCCUCAGAAGAUGAAGACUGCACCAGUAACCAUUCUCUAGGCUCACCACAGUCAUUGGCUCCUACAAUGAUGGCACCCAUGUCAUGGCAGAGAGCUGUAACCAAAGAAGUAUUAAUCAAUGGCACCAGUGGGAGUAGACCAACCAGAUUACAGAGGAGGCAUACCAUUAUGGUUUGUGAUUCAUCCAUGGAUGGAAAGGUACAGUCCCAGGAGUUACCACCUCUGACAGAAGAGGAGGAGCCAUCUCCUGUUAGGGAGAAUCCUCUCUCUCAUCAGUUCUCACCACUGGGUGUUGCUGGUGGUGCUACAUUGCUGCAUAGGACUUCUUUCUCUGAGCAUGACCUCUCUAAUCAGAUCACGCUCAGAAACCCACACCUGCGGGCGAGGACGGUGCUUGAGCACCGCCGUUCCCUCACCUCAAUACCUACGGGACUCACUUCUAUACCUGAGAUGGAUGAUGUAUUUGGUGGCAUGGACUCGCCUCCAAAGCCAGGAGCUAUUAGGAGGUCUUGGAGCCACGAGCAAGCACCUCCUCCCAACCCUUCACCACCAUGCAAGGGCAGAGCAAGAAGUGCCAUGAUAAUGUCUGGGACCAAGACAGUUGGUAGAAAUGUAACACAGCCUUCUGCAUUCAAACGGCAUGUUUCCUCUAGCCCUAAAUCUGCCAGCAUGUCUGAAAUUACCAGCAUGUAUACCACUAAUACUUCUAAACCUCAGACCAUCUCCAGCUCCCUGCAUGCCUCAAAUAGACCUCAAUCUCAGGCCCCCUCCACCAAGCAUGUCUCAAAUAAAAGCUCACGCAUGCAAAAAACUCUACAAAAUCCUUUGUUGGACAUGGAUGUCUCCAUCCAGAGUCCUGGGUAUUUUAAAAGCCCCUUCUCUGUCUCAACACCCUCACUGGAGACACUUUCUUCCGAGGGUAAGACACAGAGGGACUCGCCCUCUCGGACACUGUCAGAACGAAGCAGUGGCUAUACUUCCAGACCUAACACUGACAGCCCAAAGAGAAAAAUAAUUGUAAAUAAGGAAGAACUACAAAGACAAUCUCUGACCACAACAUUUGGAAUUGAAGCUGAAGAUGUAUUCUGUGAUCAAGAUGUUUCCUCAGAUAAGCCCAUCCAUAAUGUACAAAUAGCUUCCACCAAUGACAUUUUAAUAUCUCGACGCCCAUCUUUGGAUGGUGGGAUGAGCUUGUACUCAGGGGCGACACCUGGAUCAACUUUAAGGAAUAGACCCAACACUAGAAAUUCCUUGACUGAGAAGAGAGAAGGUAGACUUAAGCCAUUCAAAUCUCCAGAAGAGGAGGAGAGGUUGACAAGAUGGAGGAUGUUGCAAGAGGAAGAGUUGGCUCAUAGGCAGAAGAAGACUCCAGGUGAAAUCAACUUAUCUUCGUUGCCACCCAAGGGACGUCCAGACCCAGAAAAAACUCCUAGGAGACCAGUUACGCAGGAUAGACAUAGAUAUGUAGAUGGCACUGAUGUCCUGCAGCAGAAACUGCAAAGUGAAGAGGCUAGGUUUGCCAGGUGGCGCCACUUGGAGGAGACAGGAAUAUCUGCCUUAAAAAAGGAAAACCUUCUAAAGGCAUCAACAGAUGAGCCCAGUUCCAGUCCUGUACAUAAUUUGAAAACACCUGCUUUACAAACCCCAACACCAGAUCUUAACAAAUCCUUUUUAUCUACUCCUUUGCCUAAACAUUGGCAGAAUCCAGUGGAGUGUCUCAGUUUGACAUUGGAGGAAGUGACACAUAUUCGGGAAGUACUGACCAAGGCAGAGCUGGAGUCUUUGAUCUCGCACCCUGACCUAUAUCAACAAGUUUCAAAAAGCAAAAUUUGCUUCACUUGUAAAACAACAAAAUUCUCUCUGUUUGGUGAAUGGGGCUCUAAGUGUAAGCUGUGCAAGAGAACAGUUUGUUCCAAAUGUUUGCGAAAGAUGAACAUACCAACUGACCACUUUAAAAAUAUCCCAGUGUACACUCUCAGCCCAGCGCCACUGCCAACAGAAACACAUGAGUUUAUACAGAAAUUCAUUAAGUCUGCCCCUCCCAUCUCUGUGCCACCAACUCAAGACAGCAGCCCUGUCAGAAAGUGCAUCAUACCUGACAGCCACAGUGAUCUGGAAGAUGAAGCCCCCGACAGUAAGAACCUGUCAGUCAAGCCUGUCCAGCGGUCUCACUCUGUCAACAUAACUUCUGGCAUCAAGUCAACUCCCAGGAACAUUUUGAAAGGCCCUCUUAUGGCUGUCUGCUGUGACUGCAAGGGAAUGGUCAUGGAGAUCAUUAGAGCAUCCCGGGCCUCGCUGGCCAUGCUCUCUGCUUCCUCCGGCUCCCCUGCCACCAGCAUGACACAUUCCCCUGCACCACAGUCUUUGUUGCCUAACUCUCCAGAGAUGAGAAAGAUGGUAAAAAAGUGAUUAGUCUCCCCCUGCUAGUUCAAUGUUACAGCUAAUACUAGAAGUUUUAAGUUAACAAAAUGUGCCCUAUCAGCUGUUUGGUGUACCAUUCCUGCCAUUGUUUUUUUUUUGUGUGUCUUGUCCACCUUACAAUCCUUAGAGUUGUCUUGUUCUCAAAUCAAUUGCAUGCAUAAAUGGCUUGGUUUUGAGCCAUUGAUAGUAUGUAAUAUAGUUGAGUAGUAUUUAGAAAAGGAAGGUGGGGGGAGGUUUAGCUUUAUUACAGAAAUCUUCUUAAUCAGACUUAUCAAAUGGUCUAGAUUUUUUUCCUAUACUCUGUAAACUUUUAAACCAGAAAACUUAGAAGUUAUUAAAUUAGAAAAUAUAAUCAUAAAAUAAAUUUGCAUCCAAUGUUUUACACAUACAAAAAAAGAAAGAAAAAAACACUACAUGCAUUUAAUACUUAUGUUGAUUAAUAGAUGUGUACAUUAUGUUAGCAUAUGUUGAGGUGGGAAAUAGUCAACAAAUAGUAUGAAGAAAGACCCUUACAUUCAUUCCUAGUGCUGUAAGAUAAAUUUAUCUAGAUUCAAUAAAAUACCUGUGUAGACUGCUGUUCUUGUGAAACAGAGCUUGAAGAGAAAAUAUAUCAGUUUAAAGUAUAGUCUAAAAAAAUAUGUUAAUUUGUGUUGUGUUGACACUCUGUUUGAUAUGAUCCACAGAAUACUCUUUAAUAUUAUUAUGACCAAUGGUUGUUGACAGUGGUUCUUAACCUGUGAUCUAGUACCUAUCACCCUGAUGGUGCGUAUCAUUGAACAACUGACAUUAGUGUUAUUCUAUCUAGUUCAGGUUGCAUGUACAUCAAAUCCUGUAAGGUUGAGAACCAGAUUUUUACAUCUGUAGUGUUGUGAAUUUAUAUGCAGUGAAUGUUUGUAUUUAUGUUCAGGAUGUAGUAAUGGCACAUUCCAUCGCAUACCAUCAGUUCAGAAUAAAUUUAAAUUAAUCAAUGAGUUUGUAUGUUAAAUUAUUGGGGAUAAACCUUGACAGAAAUGUUCAAUGUUGUUGUUUUUUUUAAAGUAAUUGACCAAUAUCAUAGUUUGAAUAUAUUUGAACUCUGUUAAAAUGUAGAACUCAAUAAUUUUGUAAAACUCUCUACCACAAACCUGUUGAUGGUUUUAUAAUUAUCAUUUAAAAGGAUUUUGUAAUGUUUUGGAUAACAUUAGGAUUAUAUAUUUAGUGCACACAAAAAAAACACAGUACAUUAAUGAUCAUUAAAAGUUUAUUUUGUGUAAUAGUUCUACUUUAUAUGUGGAGAUAUGACUUAUGGUUGAAUCAACAUGUCUGUAAGCUAGCUAAUAGAAAUAUGUAAAUGUCACUUCAGAAGAUGAUAGUUUUAAUAUAAACACUUGAGAAUACGAGUCAUCCUAAUAAAUUAGAUUCAAUUCAUGGUCUAAAAAAAAAGUGCAUGGAAAAAAUAUCUAGCAUAAAUUGUAGCUAUAAGAAAAUGUGUACAUAUUGAUGACAUCUCAUUAACAAACGUGCAUGGUAUUAUAGGUUGACAAUGAAAUAUAUUUUCUUUUUUAUGACUAUAAAAUAAAUCUCGAAAUGAAAUCCAGACCAAUAUUUACUAGCCAAUGGAAGGUCUUUAGACAGGGGUGUCUAUCAGAUAGAACCCAACCAUGUUGUUGUGCUCAACAUUCACAUGGCCUCAUUCUGAGGGUGGGGUGAUCUUUCAAAAAUUGUAUUCUUUUCAAUAUAUAUAUAUGUUGUAAGAACUAUUACAGGCAGUUCUCAAUUCAUAAAGUUUCAAUCCUGAAACUGUACUUGUUUCUUAUUAGGAAAAUAAUAAAAUAUAAUUAUUUUUUUUUACACAAAGUGGUUGGGAUGGUAUUAGAAUACUAUAAAUAGAAACAUUUAAUAAAAAAAAAUGUAACAGGUAAUUUUUCAUUUUAAAAUAUCAGUCAAUAAUGAAUACAUAUUUCAAUAUUUUAUGCUAUAUUGUGUGGAAAGUACCUAAAUUGAGGCUGUGUUUACAAAUAUUUUUAUUUCUAUCUCAGCCAUGGUGAUAACUAAUAUUGUUUUCCACAAUAUUUUUAUUUUGUUUGUUGAUUCAUUGACUACACUGAAAUGUUUGAUAUUCUCAUGUAAAUAUUUCAACAAAGGUUGUUCAGAUCCUUAAGAUUUAUUAUUUAUGAACUUGUAUAUUAAUUCUUAUUCUGAACGUAGAAUAAUCUCCCCUAAAUAUAUGAUAUAUAUAUAUUUGUGAUUUUUGUUUUUGUUAGUUUCUAAUAUACACAUUUUGUUUCAUUUUAUUCCCCCAUGUUUAAGUUUUUGCUACAUAAAGAGGAAUUAUUACCAUGAAACUAUUUUGAAGUUGUGAAUAUUGUUAAAGUUAGCAGAUAUAUAUUUACUUUUGAAAGAGAAAAGUAUGUGUUGAAGCCUAUUGUUAAAAACCAUACAACAUAAUUAUUCAAGUGCUUAAUCCAAUCUAGUACCUUAGUGACACUGGACAAUAUUGAAGUUGUUUUUUUUAUAAAACUUUAUUCAAUUCUGGUCUUUUAUUUCCAAUGAAACAAAUGAUUUUCAGACGUCCAGGUUAGAGCUAUAGAUGUGACCUAGUUUGCCAAGGACUGUCAGGCUCUUUUGUUAAAAACAAUUCUUGGUUAAUAGAAAGAAAUCUUUUCGUAUGUGUUUUAUUUUUUCAAAGAAAUACAAACUGCCAUGUAUGUAAGCAAUACUUUUGUUUAAGUCAAAGCAUGAACAUAAAGAAAAUUCACAUCUUAAUGUUAUAACAUUGAAGUCUGACACAAAUUUAAACAAAAAAUUGUGACUCAUUGAUUGCUUUUAUUGACUGAGUUACAAACAGAAAAGUGAUUCUUAAGAAAUGCUCAAAAAUUGUCAACUUAUCUACAGAUUUUUUUGGGGGCACAUUCCUACUGGCCAGUAGUUCCAGCGUCAUAACAUUCCCACCAAUACCAUUCCUUUAUCCCAAACAUCAAAUAAUACAACAAAAAAACUUUAAAAAAAAAAUAAUAAUUUUGCCAAGCUUUGAAUCAAGAAAGUCAGCUUUCUCAUUAUGCUUGGUAAUAUUCUGGCUAAUGUGCCUUUUCUACUGAAAAUGUAAAUUGCCUUUAAAGAAAAUAAUAACAACCAAAAACAUUUAUAAGCUGCCUUAAAUAUUAUAUUAACUGAUUGAAAUUUGAGUCAUAUUUAUAUUUUCUUAAGAUCAGGAGUUUUUCUUUUCUUGGUACAUUUGUAAUCUGUAAUUCAUUCAAGACAAAUGAAAAACCACAUGAAAUAUUAACACUAGACUUGGAUUUGUUUCAUUCGUUCUGUUCUUGUGUUGCUCUUUAAUUGUUUCAUUGAUUUUAAUUUAAAUGUUUUUUAUGUUGCUUUAUUUUUUUUUAUGUUUAAAAACUAUUGUGAAGAUAUAUGUCACAGAAAAUGUGUGUUGAUGUUGCAUAACUAUGUACAUAAAUAUUUAGCACUAGUUAAUGUACAUAAUUAUAACACUGGUUAGACUUGAUGUAC